UACUCCGCAGGACCAUGUUACCGACAAACAAUUUAUUCUGCUUUAGUGCAUUCAGCCCUGCUCGAGGAUUUGCCUUCUUUGGGUUUCCGGUUUGUAAAGAGACAGCGGGAGUUGCAGGAGGAAGCUCACCAAAUGGAGGGGCUCUCCUCUGAUCCGCGAAGGUGGAGGGACGUCGACAAGCUCCUCAGCCGCCCCGGCAACAUCGUCGGUCAGGACUUCGAACCCAGCCCCACCCUUAGGGAGGACAUCGGAGAUGUCGUAAGGGUGCUCGUGGUUGGGGCCGGCGGCUUGGGCUGCGAGCUGCUGAAGGAUUUGGCCUUGUCCGGGUUCAAGAACAUCGACGUCAUUGACAUGGAUACAAUUGAGGUCUCCAAUCUUAACCGCCAGUUCCUCUUCAGAAUUCACGAUGUUGGGAAGUCCAAGGCAGAGGUAGCAGCUGAACGAGUGAUGAAAAGAAUUAAUGGAGUGAACAUUACACCUCAUUUCUGCAGGAUUGAGGACAAGGACUUAAGCUUCUAUAAUGAUUUCAAUAUAAUUGUCCUUGGCCUUGAUUCAAUUGAAGCUCGAAGCUACAUAAAUUCUAUUGCUUGUGGCUUCCUUGAGUAUGAUGAGGAUGACAGGCCUUUGCUCGAGACAAUUAAACCUAUUGUUGAUGGUGGAACUGAAGGAUUUAAGGGUCAUGCUAGAGUAAUCUUACCGGGAAGAACUCCGUGUUUUGAAUGCAACAUAUGGCUUUUCCCACCACAAGUCAAGUUUCCAUUAUGUACUCUUGCAGAGACCCCUAGAACUGCUGCUCACUGUAUUGAGUAUGCACAUCUGAUCAAAUGGGGGGAGGUUCAUCAUGGGAAAUCUUUUGACGCAGAUGAUCCUGAGCACAUGCAGUGGGUUUACUUAGAGGCUUUAAAGAGAGCUGAACUUUUUGGCAUUACUGGUGUAACAUUUUCCCUGACACAGGGUGUUGUGAAGAAUAUAAUUCCUGCUAUUGCAUCCACGAAUGCAAUUGUUUCUGCUGCCUGUGCAUUGGAAGCAUUGAAGAUAGUAUCUGGAUGCAGCAAAACAUUAUCCAAUUAUCUCACAUACAAUGGUCUGGAUGGAACACACAUAAAAGUAACUGAUUUUGUCAGAGACAUAGAUUGUCUUGUGUGUGGACCUGGAACUCUCCUUGAACUUGACACUUCCACUACUCUUUCGCAGUUCAUUGGACUGCUUGGCGAACACCCUAAGCUUCUUGUGUCAAAAGCUAGCGUCACAUACCGGGGCAAAAAUCUUUACAUGCAAUCUCCCCCGAUACUGGAAGAAAUGACACGAUCCAAUCUCCAGAUCCCCAUGUUUCACCUGAUGGAUAAAGUUCCAAAGGACACCCUACAUAUUAGUGGUAUAUCUGAGAAAAAUGAUAAGAAAGCAUCGUGCCUGAGGAAACUCCGUGUUGUCUUCAAAGGGGUUGCUGAUGAGGCCUUAAAAAUGGAUACCACUGAGAGCUCAUAAAUUAUCUCAGCUAUAAAUUCUACUUUUGUAUUUUCUUUCGGCUUCGUAUGGCAUUGUCUUUAUUAUGUGGAAUUAUUUAGGCCAAGGAAUUUUCUGAAUGCGUGCCCAAAUCAUACAACAGUUGGGUCGGCAUUCAGUUUCUUAUUUGAAGAGCUAAAAGUAAACCUACUUCCGUGUAAUGUUCUUUUUGGUUUUUUUGGUGUGCAUGUGAUUUAGAUAAAUAGAGUUAAUUAUCAGCUUUA